AAGGGCAGGCUGGUAAGAGUGUAGCCUUUUCCCCUGGAAUUCUUUGGACAAUACUUUUGGGUCCUCAUUGGAGUUGUAAAGGAUGGAAAAAAGCACAGCGCACAAAACGCAGACGUCCAAAAGGGCAGACGGUCACGCGGACGACAUCGCCAAGGUACCCGACGAGGAGCUGCUCCUGUGGGGCAAAGACGAGCUGGUGAGAUGGUUGCGGAAGACCGAGGCUGAGAGGAGAGGCGUCAUCGUGGAACACGGGAACCUGAUGCGGGAAGUGAACAGAAGGCUCCAGCAACACCUUAAUGAGAUACGGAGUUUGAAGGAUGUGAACCAGAAAUUGCAGGAAGAUAAUCAAGAGCUUCGAGACUUGUGCUGCUUUCUGGACGAUGACCGUCAGAAAGGGAAACGAGUGACACGAGAGUGGCAGCGCCUGGGUCGCUACAGCAGCGGUCUGAUGAGAAAGGAAGUGGCCAUCUACCUGCAGAAGCUGAAGGAGUUGGAGCAGCGGCAGAAUGACGUGAUGCGAGAUAAUUUGGAGCUGAAGGAGGUGUGCCUCAUGCUAGAGGAGGAGAGGGCUGCUGCUGUCGGACAAGAGGGGUCCGGUUGCAGGACGUCCAUUGACAGUCAGAGCAGCCUUUCACAGCUGGGGGGCGGGCUACCUGCAUCGGGUCUACUACGUGAUGUUGGUGAUGGAAGCAGCACUUCCAGUACAGGAAGCACAGACAACCCCGAUAACUUCCAGCAUAAACCCUCACCAUCGGGUCCCAGUGCUAGCCCCAGAUCCCUGGAACCCCCUGACAGACUGGGGGUCAUGUGCGAUUCCACAGGCAGGAGGCAUAGCUCCACUCCAGAUUACCACACAUUUCCCCAGCCGUGCCGCCCACGAGGGGGAUCCCUCACCAACCUGGACCCUCAAGACUUUGGAGGACGCAUCCCGGAAAAGCACAGGUCCCCCAAAAGGCAACCAUGCGACUCCCACCGCAAGGCAUGGUGCGAAAAGGGCAUGGCCAAGUCCAGUCCAGAGUUGAGUCAAAGACACCGCUCAGAUAGCACUAUGGGGGCAAGCUGUGGGAGUCCUGAGGCAAAAAAAGCAAUACUUGGAACACCUGAGCAUCUAAGAAAAGGUAAAGUGAUCGUGGGCAGUCCAGAAUCUAUACGACACCAUCAUCACUAUAAAACUAGUCCUGGGCUGGAAUACAGCAAGGGAGGGAAUAGCGGAGGCUCCCCGAAACGAGACAUGGUUCACAGGAGGGCUGCUGGAGAGGAGAUGUCCCCCCAACACCAGAGUCUGUACAACGUUCUGAUAUCUGCUGGCUGCUGCACCAACUCCUGCAGGAGUGUAAAGCUUUGGGACAGCUUUGAUGGCUCCUGA